UGCACCUCACGGGUGCAUAAAAACUACAGUGAACCACGCACGCACCUCAGCGGCCGUUUUUACCAUUCCCCGAGAAGAAUAAAUAGAAAGCACAUGCCAUUCGUGCUGUGUGUGUAACGUCGUAGCAGCAGCAUGGCACCGUUGACCGCAGCCGAAGUCAGCAGUCUGUUGGCCGAGCUAGGGCCGCAUGCGGAAACUCAGGAGAAAAAAGAAGCCCUGGGUGUGUCGGCAUACAGAGCAUUGUUUGGGGCAAAGCCGGAGUAUAUUAACUUAUUCUCCAAGCUUCAAGGCCUUACGAUCGACAAUGUGUUCGACUCCAGCGGCAUAAAGUACUACGGUGCAACGUUGGUUGACGAGUUCGUGAAGAUCGUGCAGGCAGCUGCUGAUGAUGCGGCCCUGAGUAAAGUUCUCGAGGAUAACGGCAAGGCUCAUACUACCCGAAACGUCAACAAAGAACAAUUUCUAAGUGGAGAACCAGUAUUUGUCGACUUCUUCAAGAAAACCUUAAGCAACGCACAAAACGUAGAGUCAAUGGAGAAAUUGCUGCAUCAUAUUUUUCCAAUUAUUGCCGGUCACCUCUGAUGUGCAUUCCAUCACGAAUGAUCACAACCUGAUUUUACUCUACUCUGGCUUGCAUGAAUGAACAAUAAAGUGAUUCUUAAAACGA